AUGAAGGAAUCAGCAGAGCAUGCUGGAGCAUCAACAUCAACAGCAUCUAUCCAGGCGGGGAAGCGAACCUACUACCGGAAACAGUCUAAUCCAUUCCAGAAGAGCCGCUCCAACCAUGUCGAUGGGAGCCGCAAGCGACAGGAUCCACACAAUGGACUGAUCGUACACAGUAGUCACCAGCACCAGCGUGAUCCCUCUACGCUCGCCAACUUUUGUCAGGCCAUGCUUCGCGUCUCGGCCCUUCACAUUUUGCAAUCGGCGGGCUAUGAUGCUGUGCAGGUGAACCCCAUGGCUGUACUGGUGGAUUGUCUCGGUCGAUAUCUGGAAUUCCUCGCCGAGUCCGCCAAGGAGUUUGCAGAGCAUUCAGGGCGGUCGCAGAUUACAGCGUUCGAUGUCGUGGAUGGGCUAUCAGACCUCGGGAUCGAGUUGCCGGACCUCAAGGAAUGGCUGAUGGAGAAUGGCGGGGAAAGCAUAGUAUCUGGGAAGUCCACAGCAUCACAAUCAACAGAUGGUGCUACAGGAAGUGACACUUUAGCGACCUCGGGGACCGGAGCUUCAGCAGGCCAGAAUGCACCGAAUCGACCUGUAUUGCCUUCGUGGAAAGGAGCUGACCCAGGACGUCUCAUUAAUGAUCUCCUCUGGAAUGGGCGGAAAACAGACACGGCUCGCAGAGAUACUUACGAGUGGCAUACCGUACCCGAAUGGUUUAUCAUGCCAGAUACAGAGGAGGAGCAGGACGCGUUUGCCUAUCCAGAGGCAUCGGAUGAUGACGAUGCAAAGGAGCAAGUUUCAGCGUCUAAGAGCGAUUCCAAGGAAAGCCGCAUACGGCACCCCAGAUGGAUCCCAGAGCUGAAACCAUCCCAUAUACCCGACUACAUACCGCCGUUCCCGGGUUCUGCAAUCGUGGAGGAUGAUCUGGAUGAGGAGGAAGAGGCGAGUAGCAGCGUAUUUAAGCCCAGUCAAUCAUCAGAGGAGUUUGACGGGAGUAUGUCAGCACUUGCAGCACCGGCAUCAGAACUGGAGUCGAAGGCGAGAGAGCAAGGGAUUGUCGAUGAUAUCUCAGCACAGCCAGGAUUGGCAAAACUGUCCAUCAACACCUCGCAGCCGGCCCCAUCUACAGCCACCGUUGAAGGUGUAGAAAACACUGCUAACGCUGCGAAACGAACAGAUGCCAAUCCAUACACACAUGUCGUGCCAUUUUUGGAGUCAUCGCUUCCGUUCUCAACCCUUUACACUGCAAUCCCACCAAAGUCAACGUCGAAGUCCAGUGCCGGUCCUGUUAUCUCAAAACCUUCUCGGCCAACGCCCACUGGCCUUUCUCCCAAUGCACAACAGCUCUUUUCAGAUACGCUGCUGACCCUCAUGGACCCCGCACCCACAUCCAACAGACGCGCGAAGAGACGAUCCAAAUUGGUAAAUGUCACUGCCAGACCCGGGGAGCUAUCCGACACAUUAUUCUCUAAUACACAGCAAUCAGGCGUCAUUGACAGUCUUUUGAAACAAUCAGCACCAUCUUCGAUUACAAAUAAGUUCGCCAACCCAGGAGUGUCUGUCCAGGAUGCAUUGUCGCCGCCACUACCGUCGGAGAGAGUUAUGAAUGGCGUCUACUCGGAUUACCAUUCAGUUCCGGAGCAAGUUUCUACAGGAGGACGUGCUUCGACCAUUCCAGGAGGAUCCAGGAAGAGCUCAUUCUCGAAUUCACCACUUUCAACUGUUACCUUUCCUCCAAAGGAAAGUCUUGUCGUUUCAUCAGUCAGUAGCGGGCAGGUGUCAGGAUUGGCUGCCAAACCUAAAGCAGGAUCCCGCAAGUCAAGUCUCGUAGGCGCUGAUUCGACUGCUCCAGGAUCAACACUAUCUAGUGCGCCCGCUAGUGUUAUAUCUCUAGCACCGGUAGCAAUACCUGUGAUUGCACGUUCAGGAUCCACUGUCAGUGCUGCUCCGAUCAACCCCAGCAUAUUGUCCAGGAUAGGAUCCAAUUUUGAUCCCGCUACCUUGCUCGCUGCCCAAGGCUCCAACACUACAGGCAGUAACCAGGUGCCGAUAACAAACGGAGUCUCUGCAUCGACACCAGCUCAACCGUCGCCAGUUCCUGUCCUGUCAACAGCACCAGUAUCGUCGGGUAUCAAAAACUUGACAGCGAACUACCUUGCGUCCAAUCCCCCGGCGUCGACUUUGGCGAAAUCCGCACCAUCAACAAUAACAGCCUCCGCAACAGCAAAGGCACCUGUAGGGCAAAUGAGGGCGGUUCCAAAGCCAAUACCAGGCCCAAUUUCGCUCUCAGGACUGCCACUCUCAAUAUCAUCACCAUCAAUGGGUGCGUCGACAGCCAGAACACCCUCGACAGCAGCGGCAGUAACUCCUACCACACCUUCUGUACCCACAGCGCCAAAGAUCCGUUUCAAAUUCUCUGCUAUCUCAUCAUCGGGUGGCGAUCAUGACUCCUCUUCCUCAGCCAGUAAACGGGAUCAUUCGUCCGGUAGCCAUAGUUAUUCUCAUCACCGGUCUUCUUCUACGACCUCAACAGGAUCGUCCCAUAAGAAGUCCAAGAAAUCAUCACGAGAGUACGACUACGAUGACGAUGAUGAGGACGGCGAUGGACUUGCGCGUGAGAAGAAGAAGAAGAAGAAGAGUAAGUCGAAGGACAAGGAUCGGGACCGCGAGUACGACUGUGAGAGGAGCAAGGAUCGAGAUAGCGAUGGGAGCAGCCGACACAAACAUCAUAAGUACCAUAAGCAUCAUCGAGAUGACCAUUCGUCGACAAAUGGCACGUACUCGUCCUCGAAGUCGUCGUCGCGCGCGGGCGGAGGAUACGGCUACUCGACGUACCAAACGGUGCCAGUGGAGGAGGAUAGCACGGAAGUGAUCAAUUGCAUAUGUUCCCAACCGACGCUGGACGACGGGCUGUUUAUGAUUGCGUGUGAUUCAUGCCAGGAGUGGUUUCAUGGACGAUGUGUUGGCAUUCGCGAGGGCGACGUGGUCGGGACGUGGUACUGUCGGCGCUGCACUGCCUCGGGACGUGCGCGUGUGUAG